AUGCAGGGCAAAUUAACUGCUUUUUUGAUUCUGAAUUUUUUGACCUUUAAGGCAUUAGCUCAAGGCGAAUUUUACCGGCCAGAGACACCAAUAAAGUGUGGAUCGUCACAAAAAUGUCCUGAAGCUUGGCCUUGCUGUUCACCUUAUGGUCAGUGUGGUACAGGUCCAAUUUGCCUUGGUGGAUGCAAUCCAAGAUUUUCAUACAAUGAAACAAGUUGUGCCCCCAUGCCUGCAUUGGUUCCUCCAAACAAUAUCGAAUAUUUUGCUGGUCCUUUGUCAUAUUUUGAUGGUGAUGAGAAUGAAAAACAGUUGAAAAGCAGAGGAUUCUUGCAUUUCAACAAAUAUUUGAUUUCUGGCGAUGAUGAAGAAGUACAAUUCAUGUUGGACAAUAUUGAUUUCACCUAUAGUGGACCUGUCAAAAUUGAGGAAAAUUCCGGUGAUGUUGUCCUUCAAAUGCCCAAGCGCUCUAGUGGAUGUCUCUUGGCCACCACAAAAUCCUUCCUUUACGGUAAGAGUUCUGUGCGCUUAAAGACAGCCAGAUCCCAAGGCGUGAUCACAUCUGUGGUAGUGAUGUCCGCAGCAGGUGAUGAGAUUGACUUGGAGUUCAGAGGUAGUGAGCUGGACAAAGUGCAAUCCAAUUACUACUAUCGUGGUGAGCUAAUUUAUAACAAGAUGAAAGAAAUCACCGUUUCGUCGGACACCUGGGCGAACUAUCAUGACUACGGGAUUGAUUGGACGGCAGACAGAAUUCACUGGACUGUUGAUGGAGAGAUCGUGAGAACCUUAGAGAAGGAAGAGACUUGGGAUGAAAAUCUAAAGAUUUAUAAAUACCCAGAGACUCCAAUGAGACUCGAGGUAGGACUUUGGCCCGGCGGAUCAGAGAACAAUCAUCCAGGAACUAUUGACUGGGCUGGUGGCCUCAUUGACUGGGAAAAUUCUCCAGACAUGAUCGAAAAUGGUCAGUUCUCAGCUGCCGUCAGAUCCAUGGAAGUGACUCCAUACAGUAAUCGCUAUAUUCCAGCGAUGCAAAGCUGUUUAGAGGAAGAGGACUGUAUCACUUACGAUUAUGUUAAAAAGCCCAAUGAAAUAUUUGACGAGACAUCAUUAGCAUUGUAUUGUGGAUUGGCCCCUAACCUUUCUGGGUGGUCGCAAACCGGUUCCAGCAUUUCCAGAGAUCCGUUUCUGCUAGCUAAAUCCUUUGGUAAGGCCCAAGAUCGGGAGAAGGAAUUUGUUCAAAAUAUGAAUAGUACAGUGACGCAAAAUAUGAAUAAUACAACCACGCAAAAUAUGAAUAAUACGGUGACACAAGCUACUAAUGUCACGACAAGUUACAACGCCACAAAUCAUGGUCCAGAACCUAUCAAAGUGGAAACAUCUGGUCAAUCAAGUCUUUACCAAAGAAAUCCUCUUUUUCAAAUAAAAGGUUCUUGA